GUACUUUCUAUCCCACAAUUGGCAAACAUUGAGCUGAAGCUGGAUCAAUAACUGCGAAUACAUCUCCACGAAUAACCUUUCCACUCCAUCCAUAUACGAGUUUAUCGUGGAUAACCAUCCGUCUACUGUAACUUACUUGUCGUCAUCGCAAUCCGCGGCUCUCGACCGGUUAACAUGAGGUAUCUCAUUCCUUAACUCACCUAACCUUAUACACUCCGCAGGAAAUGGGAAACGAUUUCUCUCCAACCCCGGCCCCUUAACCUUUAAUAGCACUCAGAGACUGUGGUUCCUGGGAUUUGGACGAUUAAAAGUUAUUUUAACAACCCAGACCCCCGGCCGACGUAUCACAUCGCGGUAAAUGGUUUCAGGUUAGGUUUGGCUGGACCGACCUUUCUCUUCUUCUUCCUGAUCUUCCGGGCUUGUAGGGCCAAUCUUUUAUCCACCCCUCCAACUACAACACCACCCACCAACGACUGUCUUUCUCUCCCCUCCUGACGAUCCUUGGCCACUUGGUCCACCUGCUUGCCAGCGCUGCCCUCCCUUCAUUUCUCACACAUCUCGUUGUCCAUACGCUCUACACCACCAACACCUCCACCACCACCACCACGAAUAUAAAAAUUAGGGUUUUUUCAAUCGCCUAACAUUUAACCCCUCGAGGAAACUACGUGCAUCGCUUGAACCUGCCUAGAGACUAGCGCAGCUCCUGCAACAUAGUACAAAUGGAACGAAUGGAUAUGGAUAUGACAUCGCUUUCCUCAAAUCUCCCCAAUGAGAACCAUUCCCCCGAAGAUCCCCCUGACCCAGAACCUGGACCAUCCUCAACUCUACUACUACAAGCCUUUAAACAAACCGCUCUAUCCGUCACCAACCUCUACAAGGCCGCUGCCAACGAGGCACAGCGUUCACGUCGUGAUGGAAGAAUUGAAGGUUACCAAGAUUGUCUGGAGGACUUUCUGGUCUUCAUCGAUAGGAUUGAGAGCCGUGGAGACCAAAAGACAUUAGCAAUGUUACGGCAAUGGGCCUUGGGGAAGCGGAGGAAGCUUGCUCCGGGGGCAGGUUGGAAGCCGAAGCAUAAGAAGGAGGACACUGGUAUGGAGGAAGCUAUGGACAGUGAUGAGAUGACAACACCCGUCAACACUGAUACCGAGCGGGUCGAGAUGGCCAGUGCUUCCCCUUUAUCGGAUCACCAACUCCAAACUGCACCUCAUACGGUUCCUUCCCUUCCUCCUCCUCAGGUUCCCACGCCUCACACCCAACAACAACCAUUCAAUCCACUAUCCCGUAGAUCCUCCCCCACUCAUUCCCGUCAACCGAACCCAGGUUUUUCUUUCCGAUCGAAUCUAGACCUUCCUCGCCAUGUUCCACCGCCUCCCGCACUUGGUAUCAGUGAGCACCGCUCGGCUGAUGUGGACCUGUAUUCUCCGCCGACUUCGCCAAACCUUGCCGCCCAGAAGCCAAUAUUUCAUGGAAUCUCGGCUAACUCCGGAUCUAUCCCUGGAUUCCGAGGAGUCUCUAGAAGUCCGUCCACUACAGCCAUGAGCAAGAGCCAAGGCACCAAAAGACGAUUUGGAUCCAUGGGUGACUUUGACUUCUUUGAGAUGGCUGAGCUUGAAAAGAUGCAGAUGAACAACAAGAGAAGUCGUCACAACCAGUAGCCUGGAGGAUAUGAGUAUACCACACACAAAUUACGCACUAGAGCAGUGUUUUCGUUUGAGGAAUGGCAAGCGGAGUGUUGGAAGACCUAUAGAUUGCUUGUCACUUUUGUCGUGUUUUCACCCCUCUGUUUUUAGGCCAUAUCAUCAUUGUUCUCUUUGUGUAUUUUUCUUUUCUUUUCUCCCUUUUGGCUUCUGGUAGUGUGGCUACAUCUUUACAUCGGUUUUGAUUUUCUCACUCUUAAAUUACUUUGGACACGGACGAUAGAUGGUGGGGACAGUUGGCCGUUCACUUUGUCAAUAAGGUUUAUUUACUUGGAUUCUGGAAGCUCAUGGCGUCGAGAAAGAUGUUAUUCCCUUUGUUUCACCCGAGUCUACACGUUUCUGUUUUCACCCAUUUUCCAAUGCCCCACUUGUUCAUACUCCCUCGCUCACCUUGCACUCUGUUCUUUUCCCACAUUAUUAUUGACGACUUACAUAUUAGCCCUCUUUUAUCUUUCUUUUUUUUUUCCACCGAAUACCCUCUCUGUAUUCCCAUUAAUUAUUUUUUAUUUUUCUUCCGGGGCGCCGUUUUGCUUUACAUUAGCAUCAUUAGAGGUUUGGGUGGUUGGAGUGUUGUUUUACGCCUUGAGAUGGUGUCCGUAUUCAUUAUUUGGUGUCUGGGUUUUAUCAUGUAAAUAUGCUGAGAUAUUGGGAAGAUAAUUGUGUGCUCACUA